AUAGUGUCUGGGCCGGUGUGGGCCGAGGCAGCAGACCUCGGCUGGUGCGUUCUGAUCAACAGCUCACGGUACGGCAUAGUGGUUCAUAGUGGUACAGCAGCAUCAAUCACCGAUUUCCGGGAGCCGUCGCUGCUGUUGACCAGCUUCCAGCCAACAUGGCCAGCCUUCGGCUCGUCACCCUCCUGAUCCUGCUGGUCACAGGUGUUCACAACUCGUUGGAAGUAGACGAGCAGCAGAGAGCGGCCGUGCCCUCAGCUGUCGUUGACAUGCAGACGAGCCUGGGCACACUGGAACGAUUGCUGACUGCCUUGAAGACCGAGGUGAAGUGUCUAAUGUGGCCUACUGCGCUACCAAUUGGCAUGGCACAGUACCAAGAACCAGAGAUACGCGCCUGCGCUCGCUCCUGUCUGCAGCUGCGCAACCAGGGUGGCGCCUCAAGGGACGGCGUCUACUGGUUUACCGGGAUGCCGGCGCCGGUGCUGUGCGACUUCAGCCACGACGGCGGCGGCUGGACGCUGUUGGUGACAGCUAACUCCCAGACCGGCUGGGACAUGUUGAGUAUAUUCAGUCGGAACCCGCUGUCGCCCUCGUUCACUGACAACUACUCAAUCCUGGGCCAGGCGGACGCCAUCCGAGACCUGGGCAACAGCUCCCGGUUCGCCUACCGGAUCGAGGCGCAGGCGGCGGAGCGGGGCCGCCGCCACUGGGGCGGAGUCUGGCUCGCUCCCCGUCACUACAGCUUUGUCGACGUCCAGGGCCUCCAGACCGAUGUCGAGCUCGUCACAAAGUUCGACAGCUGGCAGUACCAGGAUAAGGGUAUCGAGGAGAGGAUGCCGUGGCUGAGAGGGGGGCUGGACACGGUCCUCACCACCAGUUCUGCAGACGGUGACGACUGGUGGGGCACGCUGGUCAUCAGUCGGCUGCACAGCGACGCCUUCUGGAAACACGCGCCCUGGAUCGACGGUCCAGAGGAGGAGCAUAGCGGCACAGUCCUCUACUGGAUGCGCGAGGAAGAGCAUUAGCUCACAGCUUAACAGACACGGUGGCUCUGCGCUGUCGAUCUGAAGAAUGUCCUGGGGCUAAAUACUGCCGGUGUGCUAACUUGGGAGCGGCCUUCGAUAAUCAUUACAAGCUUGAGGGCGCGUUUUUAAACAAUGUCUAGCCAUAUUUUAUCGCAAAUAUAUUAUACCUGCAUA